CCACUAAUUUUUACAGAAAAACGUCGCUCAAUUUGACACUCAAAGAAGAGUAAACUCUCGUAACCACAGCAUUGGAAUAAUUAUUCGAAAAUUGAGGAUUUAAUCGACAAUUCAAAUCAAUGCCAAUUGAAGUACACCAUCUAUCGCAAGAUCCGACUGCGGCAUGGAAGGCCAUCACUACCGAAAAGUCCCAACGUGUCAUAAAAAUAGCAAUGAGAUCACCGAAUGCUGAGAUACCGGACAACAAAGUGAGGAUUGUCUGUAUGUCGGACACUCAUAGUUUAACGCCAUACAUUAAAUUCGAUGUGCCAGAUGGAGAUAUAUUUAUUCACGCGGGUGAUUUCACAAAAUGCGGAAAAAUGGAAGAGGUUCAAGAGUUUAACAAUUGGAUUGCACAACUACCCCAUCGAUACAAAGUCGUUAUAGCUGGAAAUCACGAGCUUAGUUUCGACAAAACAUUCACUCAUCCGUUCCAAAGCAAUUCGAAUGAACGUUGCGUACACACAGGAACCUCAAUUCUGGAUAAAAUACCAACGUUGGGAAAUACAAAAGAGAGUAUGACGGAAGCGGUUCAAGUAGAAAAUGUACGUCAGUAUUUGACGAAUUGCAUUUAUUUGGAGGAUGAGAGCAUCGAACUCUUCGGUUUGAAAAUUUAUGGAACUCCAUGGCAACCAGAAUUUUGUAAUUGGGCGUUUAAUGUACCUCGUGGAGAGCAAUGUCUAGCGAAGUGGAAUCAAAUACCCGACGGUAUUGAUAUUCUGAUAACACAUACACCUCCUGUCGGCCAUGGAGAUCUGUGCUGUUCUGGAGUCCGAGCCGGCUGUGUGGAACUAUUAGCCACAGUUCAGGAACGGGUCAAACCGAAGUAUCAUGUUUUUGGACACGUCCACGAAGGCUACGGUAUCACAUCGGAUGGCAGAAUUAUUUUUGUGAAUGCAUCGACGUGUGACAUCAACUAUUUACCGCUAAAUCCACCCGUUGUGUUUGAUGUAACAUUGCCGAAGGGUAAAACUAAAACAUAAAAAUGUUUCUGGGGCGUUCUAUAAUCUGGAUCUGGUCAAUACUCAACUUUGCAGGAAGGGGACGGACAUCACCGACAUCAAUACCAUCGAAUCAAACAUUAAAAAUACACUUGCGAUCGACUUACCAAGUGUAUAAAUCAAUACUUUGUAAAUUUUGUAGCUCGUAGGCAUAGCCGAGGACAUAACAAUUUGUGAUUUCUAGUUAAACAAAGCUUUCCCGCACAA